AUGGCGGAGCAGGUCGUCGACGAGAAAUCAGACGAUCUGGAUAUUGUUUCAAUCGGAAAGUUAUAUCAAGGUCCAUGGGAGAAGAAGUAUUGGAGUUCAUCCAGGGGAAAAGAUCGACAUCCAUAUCCAGUUGGAUAUGUAGCUCAUCGCACGUGUAAUGGGAAUACCUAUAAGAUGGCAAUUCUUGAGGGGCUUAAAGGACCUGAAUUUGCGAUUAGUUCUACGGAUGGGGAAUCUUGCUCUGGGCAAACUCCAGAUAUUGCAUGGGAGGGCUUUCAAAAGAAGAGCUGUGUCCGCAUCAAGUUUUGGCGAGGGAAGAGAUUUUCAUGCAAGAUAGAUGGUGCAGAGCUUUUUGGAUUCAAAAACCCACUUGUUGGAAGGUUAUUGAGGGGAUUGAAGGCAAAUGCCAGCCAAAUUGUUGAGAAAAGUUUACCAUCUUCUUGCUUUGGCAAUGAGCAGUCUGAAGGAACACAUGAACUUCAUACUCAAGGCACUGUGCAUUCUGCAGAGACAUGUAAAGACCCUGACUUGCAAAUGAACUUGGUUAAAACCGAGGGUAAAGAGAAAAGAAGUAAGAAACGUAAAGAAGCUCAUGUGAAAUCAGUUAGUGGGACCCAACAUAAAAGAGAGAGACCUCAAGAUCUGACACAAACUGGCCAUGAGAAUCAUAACAAUAGGAUUCCUUUGCAUUCGUCGAAUUCAAAUGAAAAUAAAGCAGGCCUGGAAAAGAUGGCUUGCAAUGGAGAUAAUAAAUCUCAUUUAUUUUCAACAGAAGAUGGACUGCAGCUAGAUUCCUCUAUUUCUUCUGAAAAUCUUGAAAAAGAGAAGUGUCCUGCUGUCCUAGAAGCAAGCAAUUCUAUUGGUUCCAAAGAUCUUAUAUCCAACAAAGAAGGUAUCAACUUGUUCAAAAACCAGGAAAAUCUUGAUGUAUUGAUAUCUACCUGCACACGAAAGCCCACUUCCUCGAAAACAGCAGAUGAAAAGGGAGACCCACCAGUUCAAAAAGGUUCACACUCACAGAUGAUGGAUAAUGUGGACCUCUAUGCACCUGAUACUUUGGAUCCAGCCUUAGAUGAAAAGGGUGACCCACCAGCUAAAAAAGAUUCACAGAUGUUAGAUGAUUUGGACCUCCAUGCACCUGAUACUUUGGAUUCAGCCUUAGAGGUGAUCCCUGAAGAAACCAACUGUUGUAUAAAUGAAAAGUUAAAUGCUGCCCAAAUUUUAGUUUCUGAAAAAUGUGUAACAGAGUCACAGGCAAAAGAUGAGAUGGUUAUUGGUACUGGUAUUGGGAGUGAUAAUUCUUACAAGAGUGAUUCAGAUUCAGUUGGACAUGAGAUAACCAAUUCAAUGAUGACAUUACUGCUUCCCCGGGCUCUUCCUCUGCUUAAGACUUAUUCAAGAAAGAAAAAGAAAGAUCCUUAUAAAAUGUCUCAGAAGGAAAGAAAGGGAACUAAUCAAUGUCCGAAAGAUGAACCUCCAGCCAAAUCUUUUGAGGAACUUCAGCUGGAGAAUCAACAAGGUGUAGAAGAUUCAACAGCUAUUGCACCUGAUAGUUUUGAGAAUCAUCAAUGUGAACCCAUGGAGUCAUCUCAGGCCAGACAAUUUCAAGAUGCUGAUAGAGCUGAUGAAAGUACUUGUGGUGUAGAUUUAUCAUGCACCCAUGAAGGGCACCAUGUUUGUUCUAAUAGUGAAGAUACAUGUAAUGUUGAGAAAACUACCAGAAAAACCAAGUCUGAUGAAGAUGUAGAGUUGGUUUUGGAGAAGAGUCCGCAGAGAGGUGGCAGAAUCAUGGAUACUUAUGAUUUGGGCAACAUAUCUCCAAGCAGGAAGGAUCCCAAGCUAACAGAUGUCAAAAUCUCUCCUUGUCACAUAGAAGUACAACCAUGUAAAGCAUCCAUUGUUUCAGGAACGACCACUGCAGUUGAUGCUAAGUCAAAAAGUCGACUGAGUUUUGUUUCAACUCAAUGUGAGAUGUCUAAAAUGAUUCAUGAUGAUAUGGAAGUGAAAGAUGAUUCAUGCAUAAAUAAAUUGCAUAAUGAUGAACUACAGAACGUAUUUGAGGUUGUAGGUUGCUAUAUGCAUCCAACCCCAAUCUCAAUGGUAAUGUUGAGAAGAAAAGGGAAUGAGGUCUUGAUAUGUGUUUUAUGUGGGUAUCUGAUGGAAAAAGAGAGGACACUUUUCGUUUACAAGGCAUCUAUUAAAGGCGAAAAGAAAGGACACCCUUGUUUCAUUGGUCACACAAGAAUUAUCUCACCAAUUUCAAGAAACGCAUCUGGUGACCAAAUUAUGCAGUUUACUCCAGAUGGGAAAUGCCUUGUUUUACUGAACAACAUCACAUCUCCUUACUGCAGGGAGGGUGGUGUGAAGUGUCAGUUUUCAGCAUGUACACCAGAUAGCUUUGAGAAGAAUGCAGUUAAAAUUGUGCAAGUAAAACUAGGCUAUGUUCAUGUAGUAUGCAAACUCAAAACAACCAACAGUGUUUGCUGCAUAUUAGUGUGUGAACCUAGUUACCUCCUUGUUGCUGAAGAAAGUGGAAGAAUGAAUUUAUGGACCAUGAACUCAACAUGGAGUGCAGCAACAGAACACGGCUAUUUACCAGCAUCUGAUUGCAUGUCUAGUUGUGUAGUUUCUAUGAAAAAAAUACCAAAUUUCCCAGGUCUGGUUGUUGGUCAUACUGCAUUUGGAGAUUUUUGCUUGUGGGAUCUAACAAGAAGAAUCCUGGUAUCAAAGUUUUCAGCUCCAGGAACUUCAUUUCUUUCCUUCCUUCCAAUUAAUACGUUCAGAUGCUGGAGUCUAGCAUUGCUGGCCAAAAACAAGCUGAUUCUGCUGAAUGCUUUGGAUCCAAGUAGCACCGUAGCUGGUGUAUCAGCAGGGUAUGGAAUCAUGUGUACAUGUGACGGCUCUCUGUACAUAUGGGAAUUGUCCUCAGGUGCUAAGCUUGGUUAUCUCACCCAUUGCACAGGAGCCACAGUGUCAUGUUUGGUGGCGGAUGAUUCGGGUGUAUUUGCAGUGGCUGUGGACGGGAGCCAGCUGCAGGUAUAUGCUCUUGGAACAUGA